GGAGGGGCUGCUCCCGGCGCUGCCCUGGGCGGCUCGGGCUCUGCUUUUCCGUCGCUGCCACCCAAGGGGCAAGGGAGCUCCUCAGAUUGGGUGGCUGCAGGAGCAGGGCGUUGAGAGGCAAGGAAGAAAGAAUGCAGCUGGUGAAGCUCGGAGAGGGUGUGUCGAAUUUAUAAAACAGACCGAGCAGUGCUGGACAGCUGCCGGGUUUCCCUGCUGGGGCCAAGACAGAAUGGCGGAGGGUUCCAAGCUCCAGCUGUUUGUCAAGGCCAGCACUGAUGGAGAGACCAUAGGGCACUGCCCCUUCUGCCAACGCCUUUUCAUGGUCCUGCUGCUCAAGGGCGUCCCCUUCACGCUGACCACCGUGGACACCAAGAGGUCCCUGGAUGUCCUGAAGGACUUUGCCCCAGGAGCCCAGCUGCCCGUCCUGCUCUAUGGCGGGGAGCCCAAAACCGACACCAUCAAGAUCGAAGAGUUCCUGGAGGACACCCUGGCGCCCCCUGAAUUCCCCAGCCUGGCGCCCACCUACAAAGAGUCCGCCUUAGCCGGGAAUGACGUCUUCCACCGGUUCUCUGCCUACAUUAAGAAUCCCACACCUGCUCAGGAUGAAGCCUUGCGCCGUGGCCUCCUCAAAGCCCUGCAAAGGCUGGACAAAUUCCUGAACACCCCUCUGGACUACGAGCUGGCGCGCGACCCCCAGCUGGCCAUCUCCUGCCGGCGGUUCCUGGAUGGCGACCAGAUGACCCUCGCUGACUGCAACUUGCUCCCCAAACUCAACAUCGUUAAUGUCGUGUGCCAGCACUACCGCCAGGCAGGCAUCCCCAAGGACCUGCAGGGCAUCGGGCGCUACCUGGAGUGUGCUAACGAGGCCAAGGAGUUCCAAUACACCUGUCCAAACCGCCAGGAGAUCAUCCAGGCCUACCGUGGUGUGGUCAGGCAGCCCAAGUAGCACCCUGGCUGGAGGAGGGGGCCAGCAACCUGCCUGGCCCCCGCAGCUCCUCCUUCCUCUCUCUCUGAGCCACCCAGCAGCGGAAGAAACUGGGGAGGCCGAGAUCAGAGGGACCCCCUUAGGCACAGCUGUGCCCAAGACUCUCUUUAGGUGUGUCCAGCAUCACUGCCCAUCUUCCCUCCUGGCAAGGCAGUGGGUGCUUAUGCAACGUGGCCAGGCACCAGCCCUGCUCUUGGGCAGCACUGGCGCAAAUGCUGUAGUGAUUGUCUGCAGACAGGUCCCUGGCUGGAAAACCUGGCUGGCUUCUCCAGAUGGGUCUGCUCACGGUCUCUUGAUCCGAUUCAGCAAGGAAGACCUGACGGAGGCGAGAUCAGCUCCCUGCCCCACAGCAAGGACGGGCUUAAAGGCCCGCGAAUGGGUGGCAUUCUUAAGCGACGUCCCACAUCUGAAGCUGUGGGAGAGGAGACCCUUGGCGGAGAAGCCCUGCGCACGGCCUCGCUCCCAGGUGUCGGGAGGUUGUGUGGUGGCUUUGCAUUCCUACAUUUCUCUCUCUCCCCAUCUAGGGCUCUUGUUAAGUAUAACAUCCCUCCCAAAAUUUCAGACACAAUAAAUGUCUUUCCUGAAAAUUAAAUUGAUGCUAAUACUAAUAGGGAAUUUAGACUCAGUCGAUUUUUGUGCCCUCAACAAACAGUUAUCCUUCUGCAACUUCACUGUUGCAGAACUGAUUAGAACUGAAAUAUUCUCUCCCUGUUAUCCAACCCCCCAGCAGAAUUUCUUCCCACUAUUCCAGACUUCUGUUCCCCUGCCCAAAGAAUCAGGCCCAGAAAGAACAAAAUGGAAGGUGAGUAAAAUCAAGCAUUUAUUAUCAAAAAGAGACAUUUGCACUAAAUUCUCAUUCUGUAAUACAAGGAGUCCCCAGUUUAAGAACAAGUUCCAUUCCCAAAGUUUGUCCUUAAGUCAUAUUUGUAUGUAAGUUGGAACAAUAU